UUCAAAUAGAAGGGGAGAGAGGAGUGAAGUGGUGUACAUAGAGGACCACUGCAGCAAGCGUUGAUUUUCUCGAUAGCAAUUGGGGAUCCAAGGUCGACUAUGGCGCCUAUCAAGACUCUCGUGCUCGCUGGCUUGACGACUCUCGUUUCCGAGAGCGUCGCUGUCAAGUUGCUGGCUACGCAUUUCUCUGGGACUGUCUACACCCUGGACUUUGAUGGCAAGUCUACGACAAAGAUCACCUCACAGACCAAGGGCUGUGGUGUCACGCCGACCUGGCUGCACCUCGAUAGCUCCAGCAAUACCGCCUACUGCUUCGAUGAAAGCUGGAUGGGAAGCGGCGUGCUCUCUCAGUACACGCUCGACUCGCAGGCCGCCUUGAAACUCCAGGCUUCUGCACGAACGGCGGGCAACACGGUCCAUGGCUCGACCUACGGUGGAACAGAUGGAAAGGGUUUCAUCGCCACGGUGGAAUACUCGCCCUCCACCCUCACCACCUACAAGCUCCCCAUAACCUCCAACACCAAAGCCCUCCAAACCCGCACCUUCACCCAAGCCAAACCGGGGCCCCGUCCCGACCGCCAGGAAAAGCCACACCCCCACUCCGCCUUCACCGACCCGACAGGCAACUUCCUCCUCGUCCCGGACCUAGGCGCCGACCUGACGCGCAUCUUCCGCAUCAACCAGAACACGGGCGCCCUGAGUGACUGCCCGGCCAUCUCCUCCAACCCAGGCGACGGCCCCCGCCACGGCGUCUUCAACAAGAUCGGCGACAGCUGGAAGUACUACAGCCUGAACGAAGUCAGCUCCUCGGUCGGCGUCUACGACGUCAAGCUCCCCGUCAGCAGCAACGAGUGCCUCAGCCUGACGCUGGUCCAGACGGUCGGCAACUACGGCCCCAACGUCCCUAUUGGCAACGCCACGGUCAAGAGCGCCGAGAUCCGCAUCGCGGGAUCCUAUCUGUAUGCGUCGAACCGCAAUGACAGCCACUUCGGCAAGGAGCAGGAUUCGAUUGCGCAGUUCAAGAUUGGGGCCGAUGGAAAGCUGGCGUUUGUCGAGUUGGCGAAUUCGUACAGCUAUUAUCCCAGGAGCUUUGUCAUCAACAAGGCUGGGAACUUGGUGGCUAUUGGUGGUCAGACGACGUCGAAUGUGGUUAUUGUUAAGAGGGAUACGGAGACGGGUAAGUUGGGCCCGUUGGUUAGCAAGGUUGAUGUUGGGUCUAGGGGGACAUAUGGCGGCGAGGAUGGAUUGAGCAGCGUGACUUGGGUUGAGUAGAUGGGUGAGAGAGGAGGUGGGAAAUGAGCCGGUUGGACGACGGUUGAGGAUCGUGGGACUUCUUUGUACAUAGUGAAGCUUGGAGAAUUGCAAACUCAGUCUUGCCGUGGAGUUUCCGAGUUGCAGGUUUCCCUCUUGGAGAGUGAG